CCGUUAUCACCUCAUAAAACACAUGUUGUCAUGUUCAGGUGUUCCAACCAUCUUAGGUUCAAUUGGUUUUGAAAACAUUAAAUUAUAACUGGUCGUUUUGAUUUAUGAUUGUUAAACAUUUAAUCAGGUAUUUGGCUUACAAUUCUCUUAAAAUAGAAUCAUACUUGCUGGUCAUUUAUUUAUUUUUGCUCUUACUUUCUUUUUUGCUAUUACAUGUCUAUGGUUGAUUGCUUUAUACUCCGACCUUGUCACAAUGCCAAUUCUGAAUUUUUUUUUGCUCUUACUCAACCAUGUCUGUUAGCCCUCUAGAUCCAAAUAGACCCAUAUUGCUCUUUAUAAGGUCCGGCUCGUAAAUCAAAACAUGUUGAAUGAUGUGUUUUCGUCUAGCUCAAGAGUAUUCCUUCUUUGGGAAAGCUAGAGCAUCUAAUUUCUAUCAUUUGGUAUCAGGAAGAGAUUGUUCAUAAUGGAACCUAUACAAAACAAUGAAGGUCGUACGCCAUUUGCAGACUUGACAAACUCCAUUAAUGGAGCUGUUCAUACAACAUCAAAUUCACAAGUGCAAGCUGAUGAACGUGUGCAACGUAAAAGGGAAAGAGAAAAGGCAAGACAUGCAACAAUGACUCAAGAACAAAGGGAUGAAAAAAAUAAAAAACGUAGAGAAAAAUAUCAUCAAAAAAAGGCAGAAACUUCACUAGCUGCUGGGUCCAGAGAUGGAUUUAAAUCAACCACGGAAAACACCAAUGGCUAUGAAGAUAGUGACUGGCUACAUCGAGACAAUUCAUAUAAACCCAUGCCGAGUGAUAAAGAAAACACAUAUAAUUACUCCGAUAGAUGUGUAGAUCAAAGUGGCAUGCUUGACUUGACUGUUGCAUCACCUGAUCUAAACCCAGGUGUUGUCAAUACAUCCAGUCCCAUCAAGGACAUUGUCACGUGUCUAAAAGAGCGUAAGCGCGAGCUAGAUAGAGCACGAAGGGCUGCAAUGUCUCCUGAACAAAAGGUGCUAAUAAAUAAGAGACGACGUGACUCGUAUGCGGCAAAAAAUGCACGGAUAGCCGCUGCAAGAAAACUGCAAAUGACUCCACAAGAAAAGAAGGAGAAACGAAAAGAGAGCAAGAAAAACUACAAUAGGAUGGUGAGGGAAAACCGGUCCAACAAUUUGCAUCCGGACUCAAUUGCUAUGGAGAGCCCUCACUUCAACCCUCAAAUUGUUUUCCCUGCUUCACCUCAAUCGCCUGAAGCGCCUUUAGAUGAUAUGGAAAUACCUGAAUUCGGUGGCACGCCUGUCCACAUUGCACCAACUGUAGUUCAAAAUCCAGAAGUCGAGACCCCUGAAUUGGUAGCGGCACAGACCAUACAUAGACAUCGAGUGACCAAUGGCGAGAGAAAUGCCCUUCUAUCCCGUCGCAAUCGGGUUUUUGAAGCAAACAUUGGAGGAAGGGCUAGAGGGUGUGCGGAUGGAAAAUGCAACGAUUCGAACGGACUGACUCAACCGAGUGUUGUUUGCAACGAUGGUGUCACCCAACAAACUCCAAUUCAAGCACCUAAUAAUUGUAUAGGCACACAAACACAACCGUCUGUAGCUGACGGUACCUCUUCAAUGCCUCCAUAUAGUGCACAAGAUCAUACAUCAGACUCUAUGGUCGAGGAUGACUAUGACGAAGAUGUCAUAUUUGAGGAGGACGAGGAAGAGGAUGAGGCAUACUUUUUCGCCGGUCAAGAAGACGAGGAUGAGGGAACCGAUGUCGACACAUAUGAGCAAGAGAAUCAUGAGCCUGAUGUCCCAGAUCCAUAUGACCGGGUCUAUGCUAAUGUCCCAUCAGAGUCGCACAUGUUACCCUCGGUGCCGAACUGCAAGCACUGUAACGCAAAGAAAUUUGAUGGCGAACCCCCCGGAUUCUGUUGUAGGGGUGGAAAGAUUCAUCUUUCAAGUCCUGAGACACCACCAGAGCUCAUGAGGUUGUGGUCAAGCUCGGACGCUGAUGCUAGGCACUUUCGUGCAAACAUCAGAUACUUCAACGGCCACUUCUCUUUCACGUCUUUGUACUGCCACCUAGAUCGUAUCACCACUAACAUGCGAAUCUGUGGUGUCUACACAUUUCGUGCCCAUGGUCAGAUUUACCAUAACAUACGAUCAUUUGGUAAAGAGGAGGGUGUCGAAAAAAGACACCUCGAACUUUAUUUUUAUGAUGACGACCCAUCCCUCGAGCAUCGCAUGAGCAAGUGUCGUGAGCAAUGCGCCCAAAAAGAUAGAGAAGUUAUACAACAAUUGGUUGGGAUCCUUGAAGGGAAUCCUUACUCUCAGCAACUAAGGAGUAUGGGUCAUGUUGAAAACCUCGAGGAUUACCGAGUUGAGCUGAACCUUGACCAACGCCUUGAUCAAAGAACAUAUAAUGUGCCGUUGACAUCAGAGGUGGCCGCCGUAUGGGUUGAGGGUAGUGAGCGUCAUGGCCAAUUCGAGCAUAGUGUUCUCCUCCAAGGGAAGGAUCGGUCUAUACAUGGCAUCCGCUCAUAUAAUGCAUGCUACGACUCACUAUCAUACCCGUUGUUCUUUCCAAAGGGUGAGCUCGGGUGGCACAAUUGCAUUCCAAAAGUGGGUGUAACUAUGGCUCAAAUUGAUCGAGCUCGAGCAACCCGUAAAAGGCGUGCUGAGAAUGGUGACGACGAUGGAGGUAAAUUGAUCUUUUUUCAAUUAUGCAAAGUAAACUCUUUCUGCAAACUCAUGAUACUAAUUCAAACAAUGUCUCUCUGUAGAACCUGUUUCAAAUACAUGUGUCUCAGUACGCGACUACUAUUGCUACAAGUUUCAGAUGCGGCCAGGGAUAUUUAAUCCUAUACUCUAUGGCCGACGCCUUUUCCAGCAGUUUGCCGUCGACACCUAUAUCAAGAUUGAGAGCUCACGUUUAGACUACAUGAGGAACAAUCAGGAUACAUUGAGGGCUGACCUAUACCAAGGCCUCGUGGAUAGCAUGCAUUCGGGUGAAGGGUCUGCUGAGAAUGUUGGACGGCGUACUGUGUUGUCUUCGUCAUUCAUCGGAGGACCCCGUGACAUGAGGCGUCGAUACAUGGAUGCAAUGGCUCUGGUUCGAAAGUAUGGUAAACCUGAUAUCUUUCUCACAAUGACAUGCAACCCUAAUUGGGAUGAGAUCAAGAAUGAACUUUACCCAGGCCAGACACCACAGGACCGCCCAGAUCUCGUCACACGGGUCUUCAGAGCAAAGUUGGAUGCAAUGAGAAAAAUGUUGAUGGAAAAAGACAUACUUGGUAAGGUGAAGGCCUACGUAUAUGUAGUAGAGUUCCAAAAGAGGGGAUUGCCGCAUGCACACUUCUUGCUAAUAAUGGAACGAAAGUACAAGCUCA